UAAAUUCGUUUUUAAAUCAAUAAAAAACAAGUGAAUUUUAAAUUAUCAUUUAAAAGUUGUUGAGAAACGUCCAAAUAUUGUUUUCGAGAAAGCUGCUUCUUAAGUAUAAUUGAUUGAGCAACAGGCGAACGGUAUUUGUGGUACAUUAUUACUGCGUAUGAACCGUUAAUAAAAAUUUGGUAGAAUAAAACUGAAAUUUUACAAUUCAAAUUGACUAAAAAAAACCCCAAAAGUGAUUUGAUUGGAAAUAUUAAAUUAAUUAAAAAUAAAACUUACAAUGAACACCAUACACGAAGUGCCGGUAAUCGGUGAUCUCAAUGGCAACGAAGCCACAUCACUUGCGAGUGUGGUCUCAACCUCAAGCCUCACUAAUGCCAGCAGUAUUUCCAGCACCAUCAACAGCACCAAAGUCACUAUCAACUCCACAAGCAGUGACACCGCAGUGCCGCAAACCGAGCAGACCGGGAAGGAGCCAACUGAAAACGCAACCGCAGCGAGCACAACAACAAACGGCGAAGCUAAAAAAGCUGAGGAUAAGAAAGCGUCAAACGGCAGUGAUAGUCCACAAGCUAGCGCCAGCAAGACCGAUGCCACCACCGCAUCAUUAGCCGCAACAACAGCGACCACUGCAACGCUCACCAAUGGUAAAGCCAACAAGAAUUUAUGUAACGAUCUCAGCGAAGAUCUGAAAAUAAUCGGACACUUGAAAAACAUCGAAAAGAUCAAUGAGAAACGACGACUCUUCCUCAACAACACCAUCAGUGAGUAUACGAUUGAUGAGAAGACCGAAACGGAGACCAAGACCCAAUCGAUUAAUGGCGCCGAAACGGUGGUUAGCGAAACGCGUAUACACACGCGCGCAGAAGAACAAAAUGUUAAUGGCAAAAAGUUGGACAGCUUUAGUGCAACGGACGUUAGUGGGCAGACAAAGACAAUACCAGCCUCGUAUUCACCUACUAAAUAUGCAACACUACCACGUACACCUGGCUCGCCGCCACCCAAGCCGCCUAUGUUGAGUCGUACACGUAGUAUUGGUAUUGGCGAUCAGCGUUCAUACUCGCCAACAUCUGCACCCACUUCACCAACAGCGAGCGGUGCAGCAGCCAACCAGGCACCGUCGAAAACUACCGAAGAGCCUGCCACAACAAGUAAUAUUGGCGCAAGCGCUGGACUUGCCCCAAUCGCCACACUCACACCAACUAGUGACUUAACGCCCACAACACCUUUGGCCAGUCCUAGCGCUAGCCCCAGCAAAUCAAGCGGCGCAACGCCAAAGCUUAGCGCAGGCAAAACAUUAAUUACCAGCGCAGUAUUGCCGGCACCCAUCAAAGUGGCCACUGUGCAGUUGCGUGAAGAGCCGACGCCCAUGCUAAGGCGUGUGGUAGAGCGUCCAGUCUCACUAUCACCGGAGGCGCCUAAACAGAUUUCCGUAAAUCACUAUGAACGUCUGAUAGAGGAACUCAAGUGUCCCGGUUGCGCGUAUCCAAUGAAAACGCCAAUCUUACUCUGCAAAACUGGACACAGCAUCUGUCAGCAGUGCACGCGUGUGCUUCUACUCUGUCCGCUGUGUAAGGAACCCUUCACCAAUAUACGCUCUCUCACCGUCGAAGCGCUCUGCUCCAAGGCACAUUUCCGUUGCGUCAAUGCCUCCGGCGGCUGUACCGUACGCUUGCAAAUCGAUCUCUUGAGUUGGCAUGAGAAGCAAUGUAUCUUCAAGCCGAUGAAAUGUUUUAUGGGACGUGUCUGGGGUGAUUGCGAGUGGUCGGGUCGUGAGGCACACUGGAAAGACCAUUUGGAGAAGGAGCAUGCCGAUAAAGUGUUCACCACGCAAACAACCGAAAUGGUUUGGAAUAUGGGCGGUAAGCAGAAACCGCUCACCGGUUACUACGUUUUCAUGGUAUACGAUGAGAUGUUCAAUUUCUAUGAGGUGCACGAUAAGGAGCGUAUACUCUUUACCAUGGCCUGUACAUCGACUGUGAAGGAGAAGAAACAUAACUACGCUUUCGAGGUGACAAUUGUGCAUCAGGAUAACGAAGCCCUAGCCAUAACACAGAAGUAUCCGGUACAUAGUGAAUAUGACAAAGAUAUCUUGGCGGAGGGCACUUGUAUUAGUAUGCCGCUAACGGAUCUAGCCAAAUUCAUCGAUGAGGAUAGGUUAUUGCAUUACCGUGUGCGUAUUGUGGAAAUCAAGACACCACGCAAAUCGCGCAAUUCGCUACGCAGCAGCCCACACACCGGCAUACAUCCGACCGACUUUCAGCAGACACAAAUCGAAGGUGUCAACUUGAAGAGUGUGCCGGCAGAGGUGAUCGUUACACGUAAGCUGGACGACAUACCAUAUGUGGACAACUCGAGUGCAGCCACACCACGCAGCGUUGGCGGGCAAUCGGCUGAAGGCGUGAGUGAAACUGAAGGUGAGCGGGUAAAAGUUAAAAGCAUUUACAAUGGAAAAUUUUCCAGUAAUGAAAGCGGCUCAGAAAGUGAUCCGGAAUUCGAGGCUUUCAUAGCGAAGAAAUGGGGUACACCACAAUUACAUUUUAAUCGAAAAUUUCUGAAAAACCAUUCCAACGAGAGCAACUCAGCCGAUGAGGUUGGUAGUUCGGGUAAACUUGAUCGGAGUUAUGCGCCAGAUGACAAAAUUUCAGUGACCAGUACGAGUACGAGCUACAAGAAGCGUGUGACGAAUUCGCUGCGUAAGAGUUUCCGUGGCUUCAAGACACCACAGAUAUUUAACAAGAAACCGCUUACCGAUAUGAAAGACAGCAAGUAGUGUACAGUCGCAGACAAACCGAAAUGUGUGAACACUCAAAAUUAGAUUUCUUUCAGAAUUUUUAUGUAUCUGCGUAGAUGUGUUACGAAACUCUCGGAUUCGUAUUGAUGCCAAUAGUGGAUUUUCAUUUUUGUCAUAAUCUCUGUUGCGUUAGAAGCGCGGAGGAGUUAAGAAAUUAUAACAAAAAUCAUUAUCCCAAUGUCUUAUGAGUAGGUAUUAGUUCUAAAUUAGAGGAAUACAUAUGUUUGUUUAGAUGUAUGUGCAUAUUUCAUGUAUUAAAAUACAAAUAAAAAUCUAUUUAAA